GACCCCAUGUGAACCUGGUGGUCAGCAAGGGCUGCACCCCGGAGGCAGAUCACGAGGCCCGUGUCACCCAGCACAGGGCAGGGCCCGGCCUCUCCAUCGUCUCCUACACCCACGUGUGCCGCAACAAGGACUUAUGCAACAAUGUCCCCAACACCUUCCCUCUCUGGGACUCAUUGCCCCCAACAGUCCCGGGGUCCGUGCGGUGCCCAGUCUGCUUGUCCACAGAAGGCUGUGCAUCUGCAACAGAGCUGACCUGCCCUGCUGGGGACACACAUUGCUACAAUGGGAUCCUCCUGAUCAGGGGAGGGGGCAUCUUCACCAAUCUGAGAGUGCAGGGGUGCACGUCUCAAGCAGGCUGCAACCUGCUUAAUAACAUUGAAAAAAUUGGGGCCCUGACUGUGCGUGAGUACUGCAUCCAUGAAGACCCUGCUUCAUCCAACCAAGCUGUCCUGACCUGUCAAAGGGGAGUCAUGGUGAAGUUGCAGACAAACUCGGCUCAGACACCCGUCGAAUGGACCGCGAGAGGGUCCCAGACGUGUGAGGCUGGAGAGAUGUGUCAGGAGACGCUUCUGUUGGUAGACGUAGGACACAGAUCACUCAUAGUGGGGAGCAAGGGCUGCACCCAGAUCAGGACACAUGAAUCCCCGACUGUCACCGUCCACUCGGGGCCCCCCGGAAUGCUCGUCGCCUCCUACGCCCGGUUCUGCUCCUCCAGCGGGUGCAACAGGGCCGACAGCAGCAGUGUCCUGUUGGACGCCAUCCCCCGUCCAGCUCCCCCUGUCCCUGGAGACCUGCAGUGUCCUGCCUGUGUUGAGUUGUUUGGAUCCUGCUCAGAGAACUCUGAUAUUGUUACCUGCCCCAAGGGCACCAUUCGUUGUUACCGUGGUUCCAUAAAUCUCAGGGGAGGUGGGCUGUCCUCCUCAUUGGACCUGCAGGGCUGCAUGGCCCAACCUUCCAGAUAUCUGUUGAACCAUAUCCGCAAUAUUGGGGUCUUCUCCGUGAUCGAAACCCUCUCCACACGGCUACAAGACAAAAAAGACAGUUUUAUUACUGAAUGAGCAUUAAACCAGAAUGUGACGUGCACCACAGGCAAUCCGCUAGGGAACCGCAAAGACAGAAGGACAGCUCACCCCUUAUCUACCCAGGCAGAUACUGCCCCUCACACACGUGUUCUCAAGGUAAACAAUACGAGUCCUCAUGUAGGAGGACUUGAUGGGGCCAUUGGUCACACUGAGUUCAUUCUAAAUUCAUCUGGUAAUUGGGGCCACCAUCUGUGUUAGUUAACUGACUUUAUCCAAACGAAGAAUAACCUGCUCAUCCCUUUACGACUGGAGGUCAUUUUGCCCCAGGAGUGAGGUGUCCACCUCAGUUAGGCUCCUGCCCUCCCCAGAAGCUGGGAGACAGGGUGCUGUCUUCCCUGCUGAUUGCAUUUCAAAGAGAUGGCUUUCCUGUACUUGAGAAAGACAUCCCUGGGUUGUAAGGCUGGCGAGGGGCUUAUUUACAUUUUUUAAAGAUUUCCAUACAUCUCAAAGGGACAGAGAAAGAAUUUAUAAUUAUACAUUUUCUGAAGAAAAUGCUCUGCAAGAAAGUGGGCUGUCUUUCCCUUUUUGCUCCACGAAAAAAAUUAAUUUCUUUGCUUUUUCAAUUUGUAUUGGCCCUUACAGGGGUUCUUGCAAGAGAAAAGUGGUGCAUUGCGUCAAAUGCUGUAAAACUAGCCUGAGGGACGCCUGGCAGGUUUAGCAAUAAAAGUCUGCAAAUACAAAAAGAAA